CAUGUAAGGAGGUAUUUCUUAAGGCUAUUAUCCAGGACAUUCCUUCUUAUGUCAUGUCAUGAUUCAGAAUUCUUGUGUCCAUUUAUAAAAAAGUUGAGAGUCUUAGCCAUUUGGUGGGGUUCUAUGGGGGACAACUCUAAAAUACAUUGGAAAAAUUGAUCUUAUCUUUGUAAUUUUUUUUUUUUUGAGGGUUUGAGAUUUAGAUCUCUUAUUUCUUUUAACCAAGCUAAGUUGGCCAAGCAAGCUUGGAGAGUUUUUACCAAUCCUCACUUUUUGUUAGCCACAAUCUUGAAAGCCAAAUACUUAAAGAAUAACUCCCUGCUGGAUGCAACCUAGGUCACUCUCCCUCUUAUACUUGGAGGAGUUUACUUUAGGGGAGAGACCUCCUUAAAAAGGGCCUUGUUUGAAAAAUUAGUAGUGACCUUAGAAGAUCAUUGGCUGCCAAAAAUAAUUACAUUCACUACAGGGUUAAUCAACCCCUCCUUCGGAUAAGAUCAAUUUUAUUAAUCACUUGGGAAAUUGGGAUAUGACUAAGCUUUCUCAUUAUUUUGAUGAGGAUACCAUUUCCCAAAUCCUUCAUGUGCCUAUUGGGGACUCUAGUAAGGAGGAUUGCCUUAUUUGGAGUUCACAUUCCUCUAGUGCUUUUACUGUCAAGUUUGCCUACCACUUUGCUAAGUCUACUUCCCUCCCUCCUUCUUCCUUUAAUCUCUCAUUCCCCCUAAAAUUAAACAUUUAUUACUUAUAGAGCCUACCACCAUGUUCUUCCAUUUGCUUCCAAUCAUUUUACCAAAAAGAUUAUUUGUAAUCCUAGUUUUUCUCCUUAUAACUGCCCCAUUGAGACUGUGACCCACACUCUGCUUGAUUGUUCCAGCGCUAGUCAAGUCUGGAGAGUUUCUUCUUUAAAGAAGUUCUAUAUGGAUAAUAGAUAUUGUGAUGUUUAAGGACUUUAUGCUAUGUGCUUUUGAAAAUCUGAAUAAAAAUGACCUUGCUAUUAUUUUGGGUUCUCUAUGGGUUAUUUGGGAAAAUAGGAAUAAUAAGCUAUUUGACAAAGGAUGGUUGCCGGCUACUAAUGUUUUUGCUUGGAUUAGAUUUUAUCUAGAUGAUUACAGGAACGCUCAAAAGAAGGUUUUUCCUACUGCCUUUCAGCUUCCAUGUGUGCCCAGGAGUCUCGGGUUCCUCCUAUAGCUCUUGAUUCUCCAAGCUUUGUACUGAUGCUGCUAUGGAUUGCAAAGGUAACAUAUUGGGAUUGGGGGCUGUAAUAAAAGAUGAGAAUGAGAAUAUAGUUGCUCGUUUGGCCAUUCCAAUCUCAGGAGCCUCAGACUCAACUUACGCUGAAGGUUUAACUCUUAAAUCUGUUCUAAAAUGGUGUGUUGCUGUUAGGCUCCCUAUAUCUGUUGUUGAAUCAAAUUUUGAAGUUACUUGUUAACAAAAUUAUAUGUAAUAAAAUAGAUUUCUUAGUGUUAUCUGAUAUGGUUGUUAAUAUUGGUAAUUCUUUACCCAAAUUCUCUGAAGUUACCAUUAGAUGUGUUCUUAGGGUGUUCAAUGCAGACGCUCAUCAAGUAGCUACGAAGAUUUUUGAGCUUGAUAAAAAAUUUGUGUGGAAUGGUAAUAUUUCACAGUUUUAACAUUGUAACUUGUACUCAAUGUUUUUAUUCUUAAUGAAAGUAAUUUUCAAAAAAAUAAAUUAAGCAUGUAUUCUGAAAAAUAAAGUUGAAUAUCGGGCGAAUAUAAUGAGUUUCGAGUUCAUGAAUUUUGGAAUUAAAAAAUUGUACCCAAAUCCUGUUAAAAUGUUCAAUCCUAUUAAAAAAUAGAAUAAAACAAUUGCUCCUAACACUAAACAUUAGGUUUUGGGGGAUAAUUGAAUGAAGAAUGUAUUUGAAACAUUAAAGACUGUCAGUAAAAUAUCUCAAGCCAAGUACUAAAAUCUAACAAGGUGGCUGAUUGUCCUUUGCCAAUAUUAAACACGUGUGCACACGCACACACACAAAUGUCAUUUUCUUUUCUGUCCCCCAAAGCCUGAGGUAAGCUUCAUUGGACUAUAACCUCUCAACUGUCUGUGUGGCCAAACCAACUAUAGUGCUUCCAAAAAGGACACUAGCCACUUUAUAUUGUUAUUAUUAUUAUUCCUUCCUUCCUUUUACAUCAACACCAAUCAAACACUUCUAGGCUGCUGCUAAUAACAACAAUAACAACAACAAUAAUAAUAAUAAUAGCUCAUGGCUUUCUACUUCUUCAUCAUCAACUUCCUAGUGUUUAUGCCAUUACCCAUUUCUUCCUCAAGUCACAAUGAUUCUCUGGGUCUAAUCCCUGUUAAAUUUCUCGACUUGAUUCAAGAAAAUGAACUUUUUGAUUGGAUGGUGGGUAUCAGGAGAAAAAUACACCAAAACCCAAAACUGAGUUUCAAGGAAAUUGAGACUAGUGAGCUUAUUAGAGCUGAGCUUGAGAAAAUGAGUAUUUUUUACAAAUACCCAGUUGCUAAAACUGGUGUAGUUGGCUUCAUCGGAACUGGUUCACCUCCAUUUGUUGCAAUCAGAGUGAAUAUGGAUGAGCUGGAGAGUGUGGAGUGGGAGCACAAAAGUAGGCAUGAUGCCCAUGUUGCCAUGCUUCUUGGAGCUGCAAAGUUACUUCAAAAGCAUCGCCAUGAACUAAAGGGAACAGUCCUACUUGUCUUCCAACAAGCUGAGGAAGGAGGUGGCGGUGCAAAGAAAAUACUAGACACAGGAAUACUAGACAAUGUUGGAGCCAUCUUUGGGAUUCAUGUCUCUCCUAGUCUCCCAAUUGGCUCAGUAGCUUGUAAGUCAGGUCCUAUUUUGGCUGCUGUCGGUUUUUUUGAGGCGAAAAUAAGUGGGAAAGGGGGUCAUGCUGCCAUUCCUCAAUACACAAUAGAUCCUAUUUUAGCUGCAUCAAAUGUAAUUGUUAGUUUGCAACAUCUUGUUUCACGUGAAGCUAAUCCCUUAGAGUCUGAGGUAGUCACUGUAUCGAAAUUCCAAGGGGGUUCUGCCUUAAAUGUUAUUCCAGAUUCUGUAACGAUUGGUGGCUCUUUCAGGGCAUUUUCAAAAGAAAGCUUCCUUCAACUUAAGCAUCGAAUAGAAGAGGUUAUAACAACACAAGCCAGUGUAAACAGAUGCAAUGCAACUGUUCUUUUCGAUUCAGAAAAGGAGGCUUUCAAUCCAGUAACUGUAAACGAUCAAAAUCUCCAUAAACAUUUUCUAAAGGUUGCAACUCAAGUGGUGGGAGAAAGGAACAUACAUGAAAUGCCACUACUAUUAGGAUCAGAAGAUUUUUCUUGGUACCAAGAGGUGAUUCCAGGAUACUUAUUUUUCGUUGGAAUGAAAGAUGAGAAAAAGAGUGUGGAUGAACUUGCACAAUCACAUAAUUUUACAGUGAAUGAAGAUGUUCUUCCAUAUGGAGCAGCAUUACAUGCAUCAUUGGCAGUAACAUACCUUUUGGAGAAUCAACACAACUCUCCCAAACAAAGCUCUCAUGAUGAGCUUUGAUGUGGAUCAACUAUCUUGGUAAUAAAACUUUCUCAAAUAUUCAAAUGGCAAUUUUUUUUAUGCUACAAAAUUGCUCCACUUAUAUAUUUGAUUUGUUACCAGUAAUUUCAGCCUUACUUAUUUACUGUAAAACAUAACAUAUAUUAAUAUUUUUACUACCAUUUCAAAAAACUUUAUUAUAAGGUAGAAGAAAAUAACUGAAAA